GCUCGCACUUUAAACAAAAACAAUUUUACUUGCUAUGGUUAGUAUUCGACUCUGGUUUUUUGCUCAUACCAUUUAGAAAAAUUACUCACCCUCCUCAUAUAGUGUUGACAAAGUGUAUCGUCGUACUGACGCAAUUAAUUAAUAUCAAGGAGAUAUCUUUAUAACAUAUCAAAAAGAUGAAUUCUAGUUCUGUUACGGCAGGCAAUAUUUCCAAGGCGGGAUCUGAUUUACAACAGCUGCCACAACAACAGCAGUUAUAUGUUGAAACUUAUUCGGUGUAUGUGGUGACAUGGAAUGUAGGCACCCGUUUUCCGGAUAACAUCUCAUUGCGUUCGCUUUUGGGUCUUCAAGGUGUCGAUGACCCGAACACACAAGAUUUGCCCGACAUUUACGCUAUUGGUUUGCAGGAGGUUAACGUUCAACCACAACAACAGAUGCUUGGUCUAUUUAAGGAGGAUCCUUGGACACACAAAAUAAAAAAAAUACUUCGUGACUACGACUAUGUGGUAAUUAAAUCAGAACAAAUGCAAGGGUUAUUACUUUCUCUGUUUGUGCGCCGUGUUCAUGUGAAACAUAUGCGGGAUAUAGAACCGGAAUUCACCCGUACCGGUUUUGGUGGAAUGUGGGGCAAUAAAGGCGCAGUGAGUAUUCGAUUCUCGUUGUAUGGUUGCGCAAUUACGUUUGUAGUCGCACAUUUGGCUGCGCAUGAUAAACAUUUGGAUGAGCGCAUCGAGGACUAUGAACAAAUUAUGGAAAACCAUCACUAUCAUGUACCACACUAUCGCGAAAUCUACGACCACGAUUAUGUUUUUUGGUUUGGAGAUUUAAAUUUUCGUUUGAUGGGCGACGAUAGUCCUGCUGAUGUUCUAGCUGCUAUUAAAAAUGAUAAACUACCUGAACUUAUUGAACGCGAUCAAUUGCUGCACGUACGCACUAAAUUGCAAAAAGCAUUUCAUUUAAUGCAUGAGCGUUUGCCAGCUUUUCCACCGACAUUUAAAUUUCAUGAAGGAACUUCGAAUUAUGAUUUAAAACGCCGCCCUGCAUGGACCGAUCGAAUAUUAUAUGCUCUACAACCGCUCAAUAAACGUCCAGAUGAGAGACUCGCCAUCGAACAAAGAUCAUACAAAUCGUUUCCAGCAUAUAACAUUAGUGACCAUAAGCCAGUGAGCAGCGAAUUUAGCGUAAAACUUUAUCCGAACUACCGAGCACCUUGUGUCAACUUUAAAGAGAUCGCAGGAUGGCAAAUUGGUGAAGAAAAUACAGUCGAAUAUGUAAAGCCAAAUGACUUCGAAGAACGUAAUCAUGACUGGAUUGGUGUUUAUCGUGAGGACUUCGCGAGUUUAAAUGAAUAUAUCGGUUAUGAAUAUGUGAAUCAAGCUGAGUCACCACCAUCGUCACCCGAUUCACCCGUAGAUCCUUUCUUUGAAUCACCCGGUCCUCAACGUUCGCGUCGUCACCAUCACCGCAAUCAUGAGCGUUUGCGUCGCCAACAGUUGCAGGAUGAAGAAGACAUUCGACUGGACUUCUCAGAUGACAUAAAUAUGCGGGAUGGCGAGCGUUAUUUGCUAAUAUAUUUCCAAAACACUGGCAUGCGGGGCGUAACCAGCAUAGCUGGUAUGAGUAACAUUUUUCGUGCAAUUAUGCCCAGAGGCAAUGCUAAUUAAUAUUUUAACUUAGCUAAUAUAUAAUUUGUUUAUAUUUCGUGACUUAUUUAAAUACGUUUUAGUUUUUAUUAUACCAAGGCGAAAGACAUGUACAUAGAUUAAUCUUACACAAUAUAUACAUACAUACAUACCCUUGUAUUCCGAGUUAUGCAUAUUUAAUAGUAGUCAAUUUAAGAACAAGUAAUACGCAUUUAGAUACGUUUUUAAACAUUCUAUAGUGUGUGAUAAUUUUAAAAGUGCUAACAAUUUACUUACAAUUUAAAUAAAAGUUAUACAGUUUACAUUUUUGGCGAUAUAAUGGUGUUUUAAACUUUAAAUUAUAUUUUUUAGAUACAACCCUACUAAUCCACAAUACCUCUGUCUAGUCCAGUUUUUUAAGUUAUGUAAAUAAUUUUGUUUCAUUUUAUUAUUUUUAAAUAAAAUUACAUAUUAAAAAGUUUUGUUAAAAACAAACUUAUGUACAUAUGUACUUAUGUGUGAGCAUAUAGCUGAAAUCGACGAAAUUGUUAUCAGCUACUACGAUAAUUCUAUUUGUUUGCUUUUUUCAAUGAAUAAUAAAACUGUAAGCUUUGAUAAAAAUUACCGCAAUCAUAUCUACCAUAAUAUAUACAUAUGUACAUGUGUAUGUUUUAAAUAUUGAAAUAACACAAUUGUCUUAAUGUACAAUAUGUUUUAACUAUCAGAAAAUAGUAAAAUACUUAAAUUUCUCACAAAUCGGUUGAACGAUUUAGCAGCUAGUGCUUCUAUUGGAAUAGUUGUUAAAUGAUAGUUAAAAUGUUAUUUUUGUAGAAUAAUAAAUAUGUAAGAAUGUUUACCAAUAAGAAUAUAUCUCGCUAAAUAGUUGAGUGUCUAGAGCGCCACCUAUUGCGGAAUAGUCA